AUGUCAAGUGAUCCUACACAAAUCCAAGAAUCAUUAGAAAAAUUAAACUUAGAUUCAAAACCUGAAGUUGAAACUUCUAAUGAAGCUGCUGAUGAUGUUGCUGAAACUUCUGCUUCAUUAUAUGUUGGAGAAUUAAACCCUUCAGUCAACGAAGCUUUAUUAUUCGAAAUCUUUUCCCCCAUUGGUCAAGUUUCUUCUAUUAGAGUUUGUAGAGAUGCUGUCACCAAAAAAUCUUUAGGUUACGCUUAUGUUAACUUUAACAAAUUAGAUGAUGGUGAAAAAGCUAUUGAAGAAUUAAACUAUAGUUUAGUUGAUGGUAGACCAUGUAGAAUUAUGUGGUCUCAAAGAGAUCCUUCAUUAAGAAGAAAUGGUGAUGGUAAUAUCUUCAUUAAAAACUUACAUCCAGCUAUUGAUAACAAAGCUUUACAUGAUACAUUCACUGCUUUUGGUAAAAUUUUAUCCUGUAAAGUUGCCACCGAUGAAAUGGGUAAUUCUAAAUGUUUCGGUUUCGUCCAUUAUGAAACUGCUGAAGCUGCUGAAGCUGCUAUUGAAAAUGUUAACGGUAUGUUAUUAAAUGAUAGAGAAGUUUUCGUUGCUAAACAUAUCUCCAAAAAAGAUAGAGAAAGUAAAUUCGAAGAAAUGAAAGCUAACUUUACCAAUGUUUUCAUUAAAAACUUAUCUUUAGAAACUACUGAAGAAGAAUUAACUAAAUUAUUCGAACCUUAUGGUAAAAUUACUUCAUUAUACCUUGAAAAAGAUCAAGAAGGUAAAUCUAAAGGUUUCGGUUUUGUUAACUUUGAACAACAUGAAGAUGCUUUAAAAGCUGUUGAAGAAUUAAACGAUAAAGAAGUUGGUGGUCAACCAAUUUAUGUCGGUAGAGCUCAAAAGAAAAGAGAAAGAUUAGAAGAAUUAAAAAAACAAUACGAAGCUACUAGAUUAGAAAGAAUAAGUAAAUAUCAAGGUGUUAACUUAUUUGUUAAGAAUUUAGAUGAUUCUGUUGAUUCUGAAAAAUUAGAACAAGAAUUUAAACCUUUCGGUACUAUUACUUCAGCUAGAGUUAUGGUUGAUGAAACUGGUAAAUCUAAAGGUUUUGGUUUCGUUUGUUUCUCAAGUCCAGAAGAAGCUACUAAAGCUAUUACUGAAAUGAACCAAAGAAUGUUUGAAGGUAAACCUUUAUAUGUUGCUUUAGCUCAAAGAAAAGAUGUUAGAAGAUCUCAAUUAGAACAACAAAUUCAAGCCAGAAAUCAAAUGAGAAUGCAAAAUGCUGCUGCUACUGGUAUGCCAGGUCAAUUUAUGGCUCCAAUGUUUUACCAACAACCAGGAUUUUUCCCACCAAAUGGUAGACAACAAGGUGGUCAACCAUUCCCAGGUGCUCCAAACCCUCAAAUGAUGAUGGGUAGAAAUGGUCAAGUUCCUCCACCACAAGGAUUCCAAGGUCAAGUUCCUCCAAAUGGUCAACAAAGAGGUCCAAAUGGUCAACCAUUACCAGUUUAUGGUAUGCCACCAGUUUAUGGUCAACAACCAAAUCAACAAAACAGAGGUUUCUUCCCACCAAAUGGUAGAAAAUCAAGAGAUUUAUCAGCCAUCAUUGCUUCUGUUCCUGUUGAACAACAAAAGAGAAUCUUAGGUGAAGAAUUAUAUCCUAAAGUUGUUAACACUGGUAAAGCUAAUGAACCUGAAGCUGCUGGUAAAAUUACUGGUAUGAUGUUGGAUUUAGAUAAUCAAGAAAUUUUAUCUUUAUUAGAAGAUGAUGAAUUAUUCAACAAUCAUUUCGAAGAUGCUUUAACUGCUUAUGAAGAAUAUAAAAAAUCUGCUGAAGAUAACUAA